AUGUUCGAGGAAGCGGUGAUCUUCCCGUCUCAGCCGCUUUUCAUGGUGGACAGAAGUUGGCAACGGCGCAAAAAGGUGAAGAAUGAUGCUUUCUCUCAGGAAAUUGAUCUUCAGAGCUCGCGCGUUCCUGAGGUCACCAUCAAGGUCGCGAACGGGCCGGCCGAGAUGAGACAAGCGUCGCCACCCAGGGCUAAAGACACUGAGAGGCAAGCAAAAGCCCAUGCAAAGGAGCCCAAUCAAGUACAGUUUCGGGCCUACAACCCCUCAGCGGGCAAACAGAGGCACCAUGGCAAAUCGAAGAAGCACGAAAAGCAGAAAGAGGUUGUAAGAGAAACAACCGACGCGGAUAAUCAAUCUUCUAUUCCUAGCACCAAGUCUGUGGUAGCCAGGAAAGAUAUAUUCUUCCCCAAGUGGGCACUUCCUGGAACAGCCACUGCCCUGUACGCGAUGAUCGACCCUGAAGUGAGCUCUUUCCAGGAGUUCGUGAGCUACUAUCCUACACGCCUUGCUGCAUCAAUGUAUCCAAUCAGCAGAAAGGUCCGACUCACCUACAACCCCAUUGAGACAAUAUGGCUGCCCGUCGUCGUGACAGACCAGGUCUCGCUGCACGCCACUCUAUUCUCAUGCGCCAUGCACUUCUUCCGCAUGUCCGGACAUCAAUCGUUCAAGGAUUCGGACCUGAUGAUGAAGGUAAUUCUCAAUCGACUCAACCGCAGAUUGCACGAUGGGACAUACUCGGACCUUACUAUUAGCGCUGUAUCGUGCCUGGCGCUAAAUGAGAACUACCUGGGAAAUCACCAAAGCUGGGCAAUGCACGCUGCUGGAAUGUCCGAGAUGGUAAGAGCACGAGGUGGUUUUGGGGCUGUCAAAGAUGUGUUGCACAUGAAGAUCUAUCGGCCUGAUACGAUUGGCGCUGUCGAUACGCUCUCACAUCCUCAUUUCCCGCGUCCGGUCAAAACGACUGAAUCGCUUUACAGUGCAGUGGUGCUUAAUUCAGGUUUGACGCCUACCAAAUUGCCUAUUCUGGACCUUGAUUUGACCCCGACCGUAUCGAAUGCUCUUACCGAACUAGCACACUUAUGCCACGCUCUCAGUCACGCCGCUGAUGAGCAAAUACCGGUUGACCCUCUUGCAUUCGACGAGGAUGUGACCUGUAUCCAGCACGACUUGCUACGGUCACAGAACUCCCAGCAGGGAGUUGUCGAAAGAGUCCUGCCUUGCUGUCGAGCCCAAGGCAUUGCCCGAUGA